GGAAUAGACCGGUCAAGGUACAAUGUUGAAUAAGGGGAUGUGCUUGUUUUCUUUUGCCAUGGAACUUAAAAAGAAGAGGCUGUCAAGAUGCCUGAGACUGGCGGCGCAUCAGUUGUUCCCAAGAAGGGCCUGACACUCGAUGACCUCAUCGCUGCCAUCGACCGACAUGAAAGGAACCCGAGCAACAUCCCAAAGGUCGAUACUUUCYAUUUCUGUGGGGAGAGAGUCUCUGAAUGGCUAUGGAACAAGCUUUGGUCGGACGGUCGGAUGUUGUAAAGUUUCAACGCAUCCUUCAGUAUAUCCUCCACAGCUACCAUCAGGAGGUGAAGAAAGUCAUAGAUGCGGCUCAAGGUAGCUGGGAGAGGUUCAAGGAGGGGAUGCAGAGGAAAUACCGCCUGGAAGACGGGUUGUUGACUACCGCGGACCUUGAAGCGAUGAACAAAGAGGAUUUUACGACCGUAGGGGCCUUUGUUCAAGAAUUUAAGAAGAGGGCGCGGAAGGUCCAUGGGAUUUCGGAGGAACCACAGUGCGCCAUCUUCCUGGGGCUACUCACAGCGUCGGAAGCCGUCGAGUUGACGAGACAUGGAGGAGGUAGCACUAAGCUYACCUGGGCCACCAUUGACAGAGGGGUGGAAGUUGGGUGCUUGGACCAGGUGGAACAACGUGAGGUACACCUGCAGAGGCAGAAGAGAAAGAAAAGAGAUGCGACCGCUUCUGGGACCCCGGGGGUAACAAGGAUUGUUACAGACGUAUUGGCACAACUAGGGUAUGUGACAGAGCCGGUGGUGCAAAGGAGGGUGGUGACGGCUGUCAAAGUAAAAGGAAAAGAGCCAGUGAUAGAGGAGGUUGUUCAGGAGGAGCUAUGGGAAGAGGAAGAGUCGGUGCCGCAGCACCUUACGAAGGUCAAGCGCAAAAUUGGGGAGGCCAUUGACCGAAGGCUUGGAGGAGUGAGGGUUGAAGCCCAACGAAGGGCGGCAGCUGGGCCGUCACCCCCUGCCAUGUUCAGGCUAUGGCAGGAAAAGGAGGAACCACCGAUUGGGGUGGAAGAAGUAGGAAGCGAUGAGGAAAUGACUCAAGGGCUACGAGGAGGAAGUGAUACGGAAGAGGCCAUAAUCAUCGAGUCAAAUGAUGAGGAUGAGGAGGAAAGAACGGAGCCUCUGUCCGUCUUAUUUGAGAAGAWKGAGGACUUGYUGGAUAAGAUGRGGAGGUACCAACAAAAGUUGGUGGGCCUCUGUGAGGAAGUGAAGGGAUGGAGGUCUAACAUCCCCACAGUAUUCCUCUAUGACUCCGGCCCUGGGUCAGCGCCUGGGCGACCCAGAGUAAAUGUGGUAGGGUCAUGCCCACAAUUGGGAAUGAGGGGGAGACCCCUCACUCCGCAGGCCCGUCUGGCACAGGCAGCGAGAACGAGGAAUCAAGCCAAAGCCAGUGCCAGCCAAGAGCCUCCAAGGAGGGAACCCGAACCAAGGAGAAGGAAAGAGGUUGUGGAAGUAGAGGACGACGAUGAURAAGAGGAAGAGGACGAGAGGCUGCGUAGAGAAGAGGAUCAGAGAGCGGAGCAGCGGGCAAGGAAAAAGGGAACCAGGGGAGAGGCCGAACCGGUCAUACAUGACGGACCGCCCAAAAAGAAAAAAUACGCGGUCCGGUUAGAAGCGGGAUUUGAUGUAGAAAAGGUGAUUGACCGGCUGCUAGAAGGGCAUAAUGACCUCAUGACACUGAAGGAAAUCCUAGCGUUAGCCCCGCGACUCCGCGCUGAACUGAAGGGGAGAUUAUCACGGCGCCUGGUGCCCAAUGUCCAUCUGGGUACGAUCCUGCCCAAGGAGGCAGAGCGGGCAGAGUCUGGUACGAAGAUGGACUGGAAGUGCGUAGCCUGCGGUACGGUGGAUUUGAUGGUGAAGGGUUCCAAGUGCGCAGCAAUGGUGGACACCGGGGCANAGAUGGACUGGAAGUGCGUAGCCUGCGGUACGGUGGAUUUGAUGGUGAAGGGUUCCAAGUGCGCAGCAAUGGUGGACACCGGGGCAGAGAUGAACGUUAUUCGGGAGGCGGACGCGAUCAGAUUCGGGCUGGAUAUAGACCGUUCUGACUGCGGUAUUCUGCAUGGAGCCAGCUGUAAGGCCGUGUUUUGCGGGACAACCUCGAAUGUGCUCGUCGAGGUUGGAAAGGUGAAGGCCAGGGCAUGCUUCUUCAUAAUGCCGGACGUGGACCAUGGAAUCCUCCUGGGGAGAUGGCUGACAUACAUCUGGAUGUCCAAUUUCGAAUUGGAACGGAUUCCUGGUAGUAAGAACCGGGCGGACGGGCUGAGUCGGAUCAACUGGGAUAAGCAGGAAGGGGAGGCGGUGGAGAAUACGCCCCCAAUUGAUGGAUUUCUGGAUCAGGAAGAAGAUGUUCGUCUUCAUAUCAACAAAUGGUCGCCGCGAGUGCCCAGUUGUGUAGGCUAUCCUAUCUGGCAAGCGCCGAAGGGGUAUGAAAGGAGGAAUGAGCUAGUCCUUAAGCCCUUUGAGGAAGAAGAUCCCUGGGGCGAGCAGCAGGAGAUCGUUAGUACCGCAGCUCCUCGAUCAGAGCAGCAGGGGGUUGUCAGUACCUUAGCAGAAUCUCCUUCAUCACCACCUCCUCAGCCCAAGAAUAAGAAGUUCAAGAGGAAGGUUGAUCAGUUAUGUUUCUACUGCAAGAAGGACGUGCAUCAUGCUCUGGACUGUCUCGAGUUCCUUGAGGAUAAGGCAACAGGGAAGGUCUCAGAGGCAGGAGUCGGGUACGGCACCAGAGCCGAGGAGUUCAACGUGCAUGCCAGCAGGUCAGCAACGGCGGAGUACGGCAAGCUGAAGCCCUUCGAUGACAUAGGGCGAGAAAGUCGGAGGCAAGGGUUACCUGGUGGAAAGGCUCAGCGGACGAGGAAGGCAAUGAAGGUUGUAGGAAAGGCAAAGCAGGGUUACGACAUGAUAAAGCCAUUGAUGAAGCCGUUUGGUGGGCUGGAAAGCACAAGAGUUGGGGGGGGUCUGGAAGCCCUGGACAUGGACAAAGGAAUGGUCGACGAAGAGAUUGAAAGAAGAAGAAGGUCAGAUGGGAGGGAGCUCAAGGUGUGCAGGUGGAGCGAUCGUGAUGUGUCCGAAAUGCAGGAAACAGAAAGGUCAGAUGACAGGCCACCAUGGCGGGAGGUGAUGACAGAUACCGUGGGACUAAGAAGGGUUCGAAAGGUAUUUGAGGGGGAGCCGAAGAGACAGGGCGUGAAGCAGGUGGAUUCUGGUGUACGAAAACGCAGGCGAGAUGACUGGGGCAUCGAUUCGUGUAGGGAAAUGCGACGGAGAGACAUGUACCCGAGGGCGGAGGGGAGGUCAGAGCCACAGUCCAUGCCUAGCCAAGAUGAGGAGGUGCAGAGAGCAGUGGAGUCCAAGGGAGAACAGCGGGGCAUGCUAACACCGAAUUCCCAUGGGGUGGAACCCCGUCAAGAGCACCGUGGUGGCAGAGAGCCAUGGGGUGCGGCGAAGAAUGAUGGGGAAGGAGUGGAGAUGCCGUGUUCGCUGAGGCAGAGCCUCAGAGAAGUUGAGAGAAAAAGUUGCAAGGUGAAGGAAGAGUGCUAUGGUGGCAGAGAGCCAUGGGGUGUGGUGGAGAAUGAUGAGGAAGGAAUGGAGAUGCCGUGUUCGCUGAGGCAGAGCCUCGGAGAAGUGGAGAGAAUAGGUUGCAAGGUGAAGGAAGAGCGCCAUGGUGGCAGAGAGCCAUGGGGUGCAGCGAAGAAUGAUGGUGAAGGAAUGGAGAUGACGCGUUCGCUGAGGAAGACGCACGGAGAAGUGGAGAGAAAAGGUUGCAAGGUGAAUGAAGAGCGCCAUGGUGAAGGAAUGGAGAUGCUGCGUUCGCUGAGGAAGACCCACGGAGAAGUGGAGAGAAAAGGUUGCAAGGUGAAGGAAGAGCGCCAUAGUGGCAGAGAGCCAUGGGGUGCAGCGAAGAAUGAUGGGGAAGGAAUGGAGAUGCCGUGUUCGCUGAGGCAAAGCCUCGGAGAAGUGGAGAGAAUAGGUUGCAAGGUGAAGGUACAUGACCAGAAGGGUGGCCAUUUUCGGCAAACAGCCCGAACAGGUUGGGAUCGAAGCUCCAGGGAAUGGAACUCGAGGGAGCUGAACUCCAGGGAGCACAAUGGGAGGGAUCAAACUGCCGAGGAACGAAAUUUGCGAGAGGCAGGAGGCACAGAACCUGCCAAGGAGUACAGGUGGGAACAAACUGCACAUCAAGCUUCAACCCUAGACCGCUGGGGUGCAACGGAGGCGGCUGAUACUACGUGCAUGGAGACGACGUUGGACAGUGAGCAGAUCCAGGAUCAUGGGCAAAAGAGAACAGAACGAGUGGCUAGGCAAGGGGAGGCAUGGAAACCCGUCAAGAAAAGGCAAAGGAUGGGGAUAGAAAAGGGAACAACGCCUGCUCAGAAAGGUGAAGAUGAGCCAAGACAACAAAAGGGUGCUGCCAUUGUUCAACAGCGAGUUGGGGGUGGUGAACCUGGCGUGAAGGCGGGCAACAAAGUGAUGGGAAAAGCAGAAGAGCAUUCAUCGGUCACAUCAUCAAGGCAUUGCAUGCAGGCAAAGCUUGACUGGAUUUGGCAGCGCCACAGGAAUGCAGGGCAACAAGAUCGGGUGUGUCAUCAGCCAGAGCAGAAUCGCCUGGAAUCCGGAAGCCAGGAGCUCAGGGCCAUACCAAGCCGUUGCCAGAGUGUGUCCCCAAGCAGCCAACCUUGCCAUAAAGUUUCCCAGAACCUGAACCCACAUUCAAAGGCCCCUUGUGGUCAGUCUCACAGAGUUUUCCGAAGCCCAAACCAGAAUGGGUCUCACGCUCCUCAACCCAGAAGGGCCUCCCCAUGCGGAACUGCAUCAGGUGAGCCGAUGAUGAAGCUCAAGGGGGAGCGGGUGUCUGAGCGGGGGAACCUGAAGAAUGAACAAUGUAGCACAGCCAAGAGCGAGGAUAAGGAAGGAGAUGAUGUGAUGGAUAAUGCUUCAAGAGUGUGUGACAGGGUAGCAAAGUCAGCUGUCCAGGAGCAGCUGCACUCUGCACAAGGUGAGUAUGGUCAUGAUGCGCAGUACGCUUUUCACGUGCGGAGUACAACCCUUCAUCGCCGAAAUAAUGCAACCACUGUGUCCAGUAAGGAUACCAAAAUCCUAAGAAAAGGCAGCCUGGUGUCAGGCAGAAAAAAUGAGCAGGGCAAACAACUGCGCAGUCGUGAGUGUGUUACUCGUCACAGUAGUGGAACAGGAGAGCUCAGAUCACAGAGAAGGGCGAGCACUGUUACUGAGGAUGAGGAGCAGCAAAGAAUGGAUGGUCAAGGAACACCGGUCAGAGGUAGGAGGUCGAGUAUGGUAGGGAGACGUCUCCGGCAUGUGUCGCAAGGAAAGAAAAGAGUACUGUCCAACAGGCAAAGGAACAAAUCUAUGCCACCUGAAGUGCCUGCAGAACCAGGCGAAAAAGCGCUCAUGGCUCGGUGUGGGACCCAGAGAGGAGAAUCUGCAGUGAGUUUUGAGAGAGCAGAUGUAAGAAAGAUUGGGGACCAGGAGAGGCCGGAUGAUGCCAAGCCAACGGACCCUGAGGAGAGUGCGGUACAUAGUAGAGAAACACCAGUAGAGCAUGUAGGUAAUGGUUGGAAAGAAGCGAACAAGGUGGGUACAGAGUUGGUAGGAGAGGAGGGUAGCCUCCAGGGUGCCGCCAAUCUGUCGGAAGACGAAGAUGCACUUGCUUCAACGUUUCCCCAUACUCCAAAGGCGGCCAAAAGGUCAAAGCGGUCUGAUGCGAGCUGUAGGAUGACCCCUCGAUCAAGGAAACUAACUGAGGCUAUGCGGGCAUUUCGUCAAGGUAAGAAGAGAAGAGAGACCUGGAGAGAGGUGAGUCUUGUGGGAGCUCCUCCCUCGGCUCUGCUUGGGCGCAUGUGCAAGGUGUACUGGCCGUUGGAUGACGCAUGGUAUGCGGGCACUAUAAAGAGCUAUAAUCCUCAGACUCAGAAACAUAAGGUGGACUACAAUGAUGAUGAGAACGAGUGGCUCAUUCUUGCUGAGGAACGAGUUCAGCUGAAGUUGGCACCCGGUGAGCAGUGGAACUUCAACCCGGACCAGGAGAAGGAGCCCUCCUCUGCUGAAAGCGAGGAAACACGGCCAGGUGGGGAGGUGAGUGGCAGUGGGAGUGGGCCGAAGAGGGGAGGGAACCAGGGGAAGAAGAAAAAGAGGGGAAGUACAGUUGACUCUGCGAGUGUGACUUUGGACAGCUCGGAAGGUGCCAUGAUGCCGGGGGAUGUUGUUUGGGGGAAGAUUAAGUUUUACCCAAUGUGGCCUGCACUGGUCCUGGACGAGCAGUAUGCCGAGAGGAAGAUUGGCUCUGCACCAAACAGUCGGGAAGUGCACACAGUGCCGGUGCAAUUCUUUGGGACAUUUGAGUAUGCAAGGCUGCAUCACAAGUACGUUGAAGGAUUUUCGAGUGGCAUCGACCGACAAUAUCACUACAAGUCUCAGAAAACUGUUUUCCUGAAUGCACUGGAAGAGGCAGAGCGGUACAUGAAUGAGCAUAAGCUUCCUCCGCUGAUGGACAGUGAUUGCACAGAUUCUGACGGGCAGCUCGUUGAAGAGGAGGAAGAUGAAGGGGAUGAUGGACAGGCAGCGAAUGGGGGGCGUGCAGUGGAUCACAACGUUCCACCGAAGAUGCCACUCAAGCUGGGAAACCUGACAGUCCACAGUCUAGGGACAGUUGUGACAGACUCGGAGCAUUUUCACACUUGCUACAAUAUAGUUACUGAGGGAUACAGUGCUUCUCGCUAUUUCCCGUCCAUGAGAGAUCCAACCAAGUUGGUGGAAUAUAAAAUGGAAGUUGUACGUCAUCCAACCUCUCGGAAGUUGCCACUCUUCAGGGUUAUCCCGGCGGAUGGUAUGACAGUUGAGGGUGGCACACCGACUGCUUGCUGGCGCUUUAUCUCAGACUGUGUUGCUGAUGAAAAGUCAAAGCUUGCAGAAGAAGAACAUCCCCGGUGCUUCACUCAUUCCGUUCGUUCUGGGCCAGUCAUGUUUGGCUAUGCAGUUCCUCAGGUGGCAGCCUUCAUUCAAGCUCUCCCGAAUGCGAGGAGAUGCAAUCGGUUUUCAAAAUGGGUGAGUGGAUGUGACCGAGGAUUGCAAAUGUGCGGUGAGGGUGGGAUGCGCAUGGGGAAAGAGGCGAACAAUUUGUCACCGAAGGUGCUCCCAGAUAGCUUGCAGGAUUGCCCAGGAGUUAUGCCAACUGGAUACCGACCUGUCUAUGUAGAACGCUCUGGUGAUCGGUGUGAUGUUUGCUACACCGAUGAGGAAACAUUGGAUAACCAGCUCUUGCAAUGUGACAAGUGUCAUGUCAUGGUUCACAUGAAUUGUUACGGGGAGUUGGAGCCUCCAGAUGGAGAUCUGUGGCUUUGUUCGCUUUGUCGCCCGGGUGCUCCCAAACGACCACCCAUUUGCUGCCUCUGCCCGGUCGUGGGUGGUGCAAUGAAGAGAACCACUGAUGGUGCUUGGGCUCACAUAACCUGUGCAACUUGGAUUCCAGAGACAUGUUUGUUGGAUGUGAAGCGAAUGGAACCCAUUGAUGGUGUGGGUCGGAUCAGCAAAGAUCGCUGGAAACUGACAUGUCACAUUUGUAAGAUUCCUUAUGGGGCAUGCAUUCAGUGCAACGUGAGGACAUGCUAUCUGGCAUACCAUGUCCUUUGUGGGCGUAACGCUGGACUUGUCUUCGAGUUCAAGGAGGAGGAGUACGGCAGAAGCAAGGGUGACGACGAGUCCAUGACAAUCAAGUUGCUUUCAUACUGUAAAAAGCAUGGUCCAGAACAGGGAAACGCUAAGCAGGGAGCUGAGCAGAGGCCUCUUCUGAAGGCUACAGGAAUUCAACUGAGCCAGGAAGCAUACAACCCUCCGCCGAACCCCUCAGGAUGUGCACGUUCAGAGCCAUACAAUGCUGCUGUGCGAAGGGGUAGGCGAGAGCCAGAAGCUGUUGCCGCAGCACUGGCCAAGCGGCUCUUCGUGGAGAAUGUGCCAUACAUUAUCAAUGGACGCCGGGAUAAUCUAUUUCCCGUGCCUCCUGUUCAACUUGCGAAUGGUGGUGUGCAUCCAGUUGGGGGAAAGGUUGUGCAGGCACAAGCUAGUGGAAACCUGUCCCGGCUUGCAUCAGCUGGCGAGAGUGCAGGUGAUGGAAGGACAUUUGGCGGCCGUGGAAGCAGUGCUUCUAGUGUGAACUGGGCCACCGUAACGAAUGGUGGUGGGGAGCUUGUCGACAGUCGAAGCGAGGGAGCUGGGAGCACUGUAGGAGGAAUCGGAGGUGCCACUACAGUUGGAUCGGCCACAAAGAAGAAAGAUGUCUUAUCAAUGUCUGAGAGAGUUAGGUAUAUGCGAUCCAGCAUGCACGAGCGGCUCACAUUUGGCAAGUCUGCUAUUCAUGGCUGGGGCGUGUUUACAAAGAAGGUUCAUCGGGGAGGGGAUAUGGUCAUUGAGUACGGAGGGGAGCUGGUACGGCCUGUAGUAGCAGAUAUGAGAGAAAAGCGGUGCUACGACUCACUGGUGGGUGCAGGGACUUACAUGUUCCGCGUAGAUGAGGAGCGUGUAGUGGACGCCACUGGAGCAGGCACAAUUGCUCACUUGAUAAAUCAUGCAUGUGAGCCAAACUGCUUCUCAAAGAUGGUGCAAGUCAAUGGGGAAGAUCGGAUAAUCAUCUUUGCAAAGAGAGAUCUCACUGCUGGUGAGGAGCUCACAUAUGACUACAGGUUCACGUCGAAAGAUGAGCGCUUAAUUUGCAACUGUGGUUGUGCAGGGUGUCGUGGUUUUGUUAAUAUUGAUGAUGAUGAUGAUGGUAGUGAGAGGAUAGUGGUGCCGCGGUCAGAGAUUUGCCCAUACCAUCCUGGAAGAUCUUAUGACCACAAUCAAGAUGGUGAUGGUGAUCACCAGUAGAUGACUGUUCGUUGUGCCCCUGCUUUGGUGUGGGUUUUUGGUGCAUAUUAUUGUCCUCGUUCUUUGUUGUACUUUGAGCAGGCAACACACCUUCCUUCCUGUGGCAAACUGGAGGUUAGAAUAUGAAAUCCACAGUUACCAGGGUGUGGGCUCUGUGGAACCCUGUUUUCAGGGGUAGGCAUUUUGCAGACCUGAUGGAAGACACUGGCCUGGACCUAAUCAUGUAGGGUCAGGCUGCAUUCCGGGAUAACACUGCCAGAACGACUCUGUUCUCACAUCAAGAGCGACCACAUUGUCUCCAUCAUUUUGCUGGAUGUUUCCUCUGAAAUAUUGGUGCGUAACAGCUCCAGGGAGACUGCCUCAUUCAAGUGGUCGGAGGUUCUGAACUAGCAACAGCUCAGCUGAGAGACGACAGAGUAUCUGUUGACAGCAGUGAAUCGAGGUUUUCUCGCUUAAUUUUAUGUGGUAGCGCAGCCAGGAGGAUGCUAUAGACAUGCCGAAGGACAGGCACAAGUCUCAGCGGAACUUUGUACAGGCUUUCCAGGUGGGAAUGUUAUGCUCUGUGGCCGGGGACGUUCCACUGUUCUGUGUACUUUGUGCUGGGAAGCGGGCAUACCAGUGUCAGUGGUCGAAAACCAGCCCUUUAGAACAGCCAGCAAGGUUGAAGGCGAAGCAUUGAUAGUUAGGUUCAGUUCCUGUAGCGAAGGCAGAUAUCCCUACACUAUUAUAAUCGCUAAGGGAACCAGUGUGUGAUCCAGGCCGUCGUCUGUCCUACCGACUGACGGCCUGCAUCGUCGGGCACAUGUAAUAUAUCUGCAAUCUCAGCCGUUGGGUCCUACCAGAUCGACGAUGCCCGAUCGGCCCCGGGGUCUUAAGAUCUUAAGGUCGUGCACUGAUCCAGACCGUCGAUCCGAUAGGACCCGGUGGCUAGGUUGCAGAUUUGUACUGGGAACCGGUUUGCCCAAGGGCCAUUUCUCAGCGUGGUCCCUACCGGUAGGGUUUCUUGGCGCAGUAACUACCGGUAGGGUUUUGUCAUAUGUUGCUGGCGUAUGUGCAUCUGUCCAUUUCGGCUGUGGUUCUCCGUCGGUUGUCGUUCGUAACUUCGCCCGUUGUGCAGCGUGCUGUCGGACACGAACAAGUUGUACUCCCCCAGGGGUGCUGUCAGUAUCGCCCCCACUCUCUCUCUCUCUCUCUCUCUCUCUCUCUCUCUCUCUCUCUCUCUCUCUCUCUCUCUGCAUCUCUCUCUGGUGGACGGUAAGCUGUGGUGGUCGGGGGCUGUCUUAGCCCGUUACGUGU